AUGGAUACUGAAGCUGAUCUAGGAGAGGGGCAGGCGGGGGAAGAAGUGUUCCUGGACCCUCCUCGGUUUGUCACGAUGUCCGUCAAGAAACACAACAAGGUGCAGCCUGACGUCACCAUCCCAGUGGAACCAUCUUUACAAGAACUAAGUUCCUCUCAAGGCGCACAGGCUCAGGGGUUCAUCCGUGAAGCGCCAGCACCCAUCGAACUUCCUGACAUCCCUACAUUCGUCCGACCUACACAAGUGCAGCAGAGAUCAAUCAGUGAAAACUACAAAUCCUUCUCCAACGCGAAAAACCAAGUCAUCGAGAAGACAGGCAAAGUCCUUGGCACCCUCCUCAGGGCCGUGUUCGCGCUGGUAGCAAACGGUCUGUUCCUCAUGAACUUCAUCUACGCUAUCAUCAACGCUUACGGCGACCCAAACAACACGCCGGAACUGUUUGAUAAAACCGCCACGGCGUUCGCUGUGUUAGAGUUGGUCAUCAUCGUGGUGACGUACGCGCUGGAGAUAGGGCAGAGCCGCGGGAAGUGUCAGAGGGAAAGAAGGUUGAACAAGUUGGCCGGUGGCAGAGGAGAUUGGGAAAUCAUUAAGACAUUCUUCCUCGAGUUCUUGCUCUAUCCAAUCGUCAUAGUAGAUCUGUACGAGUUCGUCGUAGAGAAACAAUACUUCUUUCGGGCACUUGACUCCAUUUUGGGCGCCAUCUUGUUUCUCCUGUUCGUCCUCGAGCUGACCCAGACGUACGUGGUGCGCAUCUACGUGCUCAUGUCUGUCAAACGAACCAUCCACAAGGAGUUCGGAAGCACCGCCAAUCGCCGUGCCUGUAACGGACACGGCUACUCCUGGUGGAGCGGAGAUGUCCUGGCGAGUCUGAUUGGUCAACAGCUGCAAAACAUGCUCCUGUUCGUGCUGAUAAUGGCCCAACUGGGUUACGUCAUUCACAUGGAGAACGAGCACGGGGACUAUAAUGUCACGUUAUGGAGUGGUGUGAUCAUCGCAGCAGGAAUGCUGUUUCCUGUCUUUCAAAAUCUUCUGUUCCUUCUGACCAAUAAGAUGUGGAUUUACGAGAUGAUAUAUCAGGUAUUGUAUGAUAACGAACGCCAGGAACAGUCGGAUUCGGGAAGCAGCGCCACCCAGCAGGACGCAGACAAAAGGCAGCGAAAACUUCGCGAGUACAAGUCGAUGUGGAAGGAAAUCUCCAACCAAACAUGGAAACAAAACGUCUGGGCUGGACUCUGGAACGGAUCUACUGGCGUCGCGGUCGUCAUUUGGGCGGCCAUGUUUUCAGCAUAUUGUUUUAGUUCCUAUGUUGCAGGCACACCAGCCCCACUGUUGGCCAUCAUUGUGCUGAUGAACUGGCAAAUAAUACUAGCUUGUAUUGUUAUAUUCUUUUGGACACUUCUGCACGUCUUGUAUUAUAUGGUGUAUAGCAUAGGCUAUGUAUUGUAUUACAUGAUGUAUGGCAUAGGGUACGGUUUGUAUCAUGUGGUGAAUUGUUUAGGUGCCAUUUUCCCACCAGAAACAAGUGGGGAUGAGUGAGACUGCUGCAUUUUCAGUUCAAUUUGUUGCUUGUUGUAAAGCAUAUAUCAAGGAAAGAACCAAAACGGGUAUCUUGACGAUGAUUUCAUUAAGGUUGUAAUGAAACUAGAACAUGGGCUAUAUCUUUAUGGAUCGUACCAGCAGUGGCAUCGACGCAUCAGCAAUUUGAGAAAUAAUUUGUUGUUUGUUAU